CGCCGCCCCCACGAAUCGUCGCGGCGUUCGCGUGCUGCCAACUCCUCCCCCUCCUCCUCCCGUACAGCAUUCUCGACCGUUGCUGACUCGCCCGCUUCGCGCACGCGCUCCCCUUCCCGAGCGGGCCAUGGCGAUCGACUUGGCGCCGCCGCCGCCGCUGGGUGAGGAGGUCGUGGUGGCGACGGUUGAAGGGAAGAAAGAGGAGGCGGAGGCGGAGGCGGAGGAGGGCGGGGCGUGCGGCGGGGACGCCGUGGUGGUGGCCGCGGCGGACGCGGAGGUGGAGGGGCACCCCUACGACUUCCACGUGUCCGGGCCGCGGAACCUGCCGCCGCCCAACUGGAGGGAGAUCAUCAGAUCGAGCUGGAAAGAUCCAAAUUACAAAAGGAUGGUCAUGGCCUGCUUCAUUCAAGCAGUGUACCUGCUUGAACUGGACAGGCAAGAUCAGAAAGGAGAAGAUGACGGCCUUGCUCCAAAAUGGUGGAAGCCCUUCAAGUACAAGGUCACACAGACAUUGGUAGAUGAGAGGGAUGGUUCCAUCUAUGGCGCUGUCCUCGAGUGGGAUCGCUCUUCUGCUUUGUCUGACCUUAUCCUCAUAAGACCAAGUGGUGCACCAAGGGCAGUGUUAGCUCUCCGAGGAACACUGCUUCAGAAGCCCACCAUCAAGAGAGACCUGCAAGACGAUCUUCGUUUCCUGGUGUGGGAGAGCUUAAAAGGUUCAGUAAGAUUUAUUGGAGCUUCAGAAGCACUGAAGACAGCAGUUGAGAGGUUUGGUAGCGCUAAUGUCAGUGUUGCUGGGCACUCCUUGGGAGCUGGAUUUGCUCUUCAGGUUUGCAAAGAACUCGCUAAGCAAGGAGUCUUCGUGGAAUGCCAUCUGUUCAAUCCACCUUCUGUUUCACUUGCCAUGGGUGUAAGGAGCAUGAGCGAGAAAGCCAGCUAUCUGUGGAAAAAAGUUAAGGCCAGCCUGCCACUGACGGAAGAAGCAUUGCCUGACAAUACCAAAGAGGAGGGAAAUGCAAAGAAGAAAUUGCGUGCUGACAAGAAAUGGGUGCCACAUUUAUAUGUUAACAACAGCGACUACAUCUGCUGUCACUACAAUGCCCCUUCUUGCUCCACCACCGCCACUGAGGGUGUUCCAGAUGAGCAGCUGCAGCAACGCAAAGCAAGUGAGAUCGCUGGCGACGUGGUAGCGAAGCUUUUCGUGACAUCAAAAGGACCACAAAAGUUUCUCGAAGCGCAUGGACUGCAACAAUGGUGGUCGGAUGGCAUGGAGCUGCAGCUAGCUGUGUAUGACAGCAAGCUUAUACACAGGCAGUUGAAGUCCCUAUACACAGCAACAGCACCGUCAACCCCUGCAAAGUCGUAGAGGCUGCUGAAAGUCGUUGUUUCAAGUUUCAGCUGGCGUUAGAAAUACUCUUUCUAAUCGGUUUCUGCGUCUAUUAACUUGAUAUGUUCCAUUAUGGUUGUGACCUAUUAUAUGGUAAAAAUAUAAUAAAAGGAUAUGUGCUAAUAAA